AUGUCAGUUGGCCUGGAUCAGUGCAUGAUUCCAGAAUAUGGAGAAAUUCACAGACUAAUGGUUUCUUCAAGGAAUCGUACUUUCUCAUUUUUAUUUUUGGAACUUGUGAUUUUUGCAAAAUAAUGGGAGCAAUGGCAAUUUCAUCUGCGAUGAACUGCAGGUCGUUGCCAUUAUUUUCUAUAGUUUCCUGAUCACUUGAGGAUGACAUGCUUAUUAAUUUUGCAGGAGUACAACCAUACAAAUAUCGAUCAACCUUUUAAUUCUUCUUGGAGGAUAUCCUCGCGAGUAUAAGGCAAUCAUUAUGAAUAUGAAAACAAGGAUAUGCUUAUACCUCUACCUUUUUCUCCGAAGCAACGCCUUAUACUUUAACCUUAUGCUUCCGAGGAUAUGCUUCUCUUUUAUGAAUACGGCUCAAGAU